UAGUUCAAGUUCUUCGACACGAAGUAACUAGCUAGAACUAGAAGAUGGCCAGAGGCGGCGAAGAGCUCAAGCUGCUGGGCACGUGGGCGAGCCCGUUCGUCCUGCGAGCUCAGCUCGCGCUCAGCUUCAAGGGCCUGAGCUUCGAGAACGUUGAGGAGGAUCUGCGCAACAAGAGCGACCUCCUGCUGAGCUCCAACCCCGUGCACAAGGCGGUGCCGGUGCUCCUCCACGGCGGCAGGUCCGUCUGCGAGUCGCUGGUCAUCGUGCAGUACGUGGACGAGGCCUUUGCCGGCGCCGCCGGCCCGCCCCUCCUCCCAGCGGACCCCUACGAGCGCGCCCCUCGGGCUGCACCAACAGCCGUCGCUCGCUUCUGGGUAGCUUUCAUCGAGGACAAGCUGCUCGCGGCAUGGCAAAAGGUAUUCACCGCCAAGACCGACGAGGAGAAGGCCGAGUGCAUGAAGCAGACGCUGGCAGCGGUGGAUGUUCUGGAGGGAGGCCUCAAGCAGUGCUCUAAGGGCGGGAGCUUCUUCGGCGGCGACCACGUCGGGUACGUCGACAUCGUGCUGGGCGGCGCGGUGCCAUGGGUGCACGCGACGGAGGUGCUCUCCGGCGCAAGGCUCUUCGACGCAGGCAAGGUCCCGCUCCUCGCGGCGUGGCUGGAGCGCUUCGGCGCGCUGAAGGAGGCCAAGGCGGUCAUGUCGGACAUUGAAAGGCUGGUCGAGCACGCCAAGAUGAAGCAACCUGAGGCCGUGGCCGCAGAUGGCAGAUGUACUUCCAAGGCUUCUUCUCCAAGAUAUACGCAUCUCGACAGCAGUGCUGUUUACAAAGUCCAAAUGCUGAUUUUGGAAUCGACCAACGCGGUCAAACAAUUGUUGCAUUGGAAUUACCAGAGGAUUUCUUGCGCAUGUAGCCAGCCAAACAAUCCGUGGACUAUAUAUUACACAGUGGUUCCCACUGCUCCGAUCAAGAGCAGAAUGGCCGGCAGAGGAGACGAGCUGAAGCUGCUCGGCACCUUCGCGAGCCCUUACGUUAUUCGAGUGAAGCUGGCGCUCAGCUUCAAGGGACUGAGCUUCGAGGACGUGGAGGAAGACCUCGCCAACAAGAGCGAGCUUCUCCUGGCGUCCAACCCGGCGCAGAAGAAAGUGCCCGUGCUCAUCCACAACGGCAAGCCCGUCUGCGACUCGCAGGUGAUCGUGCAGUACAUCGACGAGGUGUUCGGCGGCCCGUCCUUGCUCCCCGCCGACCCCUGCGAGCGCGCCGCCUCUCGCUUUUGGGCCGCGUACAUCGACGACAAGCUCCUGGCGUCGUGGCUGCAGGCGGCGAGGGGCAAGACGGAGGAGGAGAAGACGGAGGGGCUGAAGCAGACAUUCGCGGCGGUCGAGACCAUGGAGGCGGCCUUCAAGACAUGCUCCAAGGGAAAGCCUUUCUUCGGCGGCGACCGCGUUGGGUACCUGGACGUGACGCUCGGGGCUCUGGUGGCGUGGGUGCACGCCGGCGCGGCGCUGUACGGCAUGCGGCUCUUCGACGACGCCAAGAGCCCUCUCCUUGCGGCGUGGGUGGAGCGCUUCGGCGCGCUGGACGCCGUCAAGGCCGUCUUGCCCGACGUCGACAGGUUGGUCGAGUUCGCCAAAAUGAAGCAGGCGCAGGCUGCAGCCGCGGCCACGGCCACGGCAAACUAGAGAACUGAUUAUGGCAUGUGUGUAACAUCAGGUCGGAGCUGGUAUUGUCGCGUAGCUCUAGAAUCAAGAUACGUUGCUGAUUGUUGUAUAUUUAUCUUCCUGAUUCAAAUGAAAACACCAAGUUUGGUUUUUA